GAACAAACUGUGAUCAACUGAUAAAAAGGUUGAGAUAUUUACGGUUGUAAUUGGAAAAUCUGAAACGUCUUAUGGACAACAUGCCUUUAAAACAGCACACACUUUAAUUCGACAAAUUGUUUAAGGUGUGAAUCAUAUAAGUGUCUUUUGAGCCAAAUUCGUUUGUAAUGUCUACCUUCGCUAGUCUAUCACGUGUCUUAGUCUGGAUUUUUAUCACACAUUUAGUGGUCGGAUCCUCCCAGUUUAACUUUUUCAAUAGACGACGAACUUUCAGAGAUACUGGUAAUAGAUGGGUAACAACUACCACAGAAAAACCGUGUGAAUUACGUGCUCACUCCAAUAACAGACGUGUAUUCCUUAUGUACGUAAACGGGGAAUGGCGUAAAAGGCCAUGUGCAUUAGGGACACUUUUCAAUCAAAGAACGUGCGACUGUUCAGACCACGAUCCCAAAGCAAACCUUCAUGCACAACGAUGUCGGGCACCACUAUAUGUACCGUUUCAUGCCGAGCCUAUCAAAGAUCACGGUGGUACGAACAUUGCUAUGGACAACAAUGGCAGAGUGGGUGUUUCACAAAAUGUCGGGACUUUUGAUGGUAGAGGAGCUCUAACAAUCUGGAUGUACUCUGGUAUAUAUUUUGGUGAACAUCUUGGAAUUACUUUUAGUUUCCGAAGCAGAGGACCCGCGUCCAAUACAGAGCAAGUGUUGGUUUCAAACUGUUAUUACAAUAGCGGUGGUAGUGUGGAAAUCGUCAUACAGCCCCUUCUCCAAAAUGUCGUUUUCAGGGGAACUACAAGUCGCAACAAUCAACUCUACACGGCGAAUGUAUCGAUUCCAUAUAAGUCUGGGUCCUGGAACUCUGUAACGUAUUCGUACGAUGGUGUCGCGCUAACUGGAAACGUCAACAACCAGGUUAAGUCAAGUCCGUUGACAGGCAACAUUGCAGUAAGUCCUGGAAGCUUACGGAUAGGAAUGUGUAAUGGACGCGGGUACAAUGGAGAUAUUGAUGAAUUCCGGUUAUGUCAACCCAUUUUAGCAACUCUUAAUCAGAGUUAAACGCAGCUGACCAGAACAUGUGAGGGAAGUCUUCAGUUAUUAAUAUAAAAAAUAAUUGAUUUGCUCAAACAAUGUAAGUGGUGAACAAUGAAACGUAUCAAAAUUUAAUAUUGUCAAUAUAAUUUAUAUUAGUAAUUAAAGUAGAUACAAAUGU